AUGCUGCAAAUCGUGGUACUCACCAGUAUCGAUCCGGCAGUGAGCAAUUUGAGGAGAGACGUGAGGCCAGCGCACUACGAUGCCAGCAAGCACGAGCACGUCAUCGAGAAUAACUAUUGCAACAUUUGCCUUAUAUACGUGUCAGUAAUCCUCUUUGAUUCGACGUGUAAACACUGUCGGACGUGUAACAAGUGUGUGCCUGGCUUCGAUCAUCACUGCAAGUGGCUUAAUAAUUGCAUUGGUGCGCCAAAUUAUAGGUGGGAGAUAAUUUCU